UCCAAGAAGCGGACGCGAACUAUCUCGACAGGCGAUGGCGCCGGCGCUGAAGGUCUACGGAUGGGCGGUCUCACCGUUCGUGGCACGCGCGCUGAUCUGCCUGGAGGAAGCAGGCGUCGACUACGAGCUCAUCCCCAUGAAACGUGAGGCCGGCGACCACCUCCUGCCGGACUUCCUCGCCAGGAACCCCUUCGGCCAGGUCCCCGUUCUCGAGGACGGCGACCUCACCCUCUUCGAAUCGCGCGCAAUCGCGAGGCACGUGCUUCGCAAGUACCAGCCGGAGCUGCUGGUGGGCGACGGCUCGCCGGAGUCGGCGGCGAUGGUGGACGUGUGGCUGGAGGUGGAGGCCCACCAGUACAAUCCCUCGGCUGGUGCCAUCUCGAUCCAGUGCCUCCUCGUCCCGUUCCUCGGCGGCACGCGCGAUCAGGCCAUCGUCGACGAGAACGUCGUCAAGCUGAGGAAGGUGCUGGAGGUGUACGAGGCGCGGCUGUCGGCGUCCAAGUACCUCGCCGGGGAGUCGGUCAGCCUCGCCGACCUCAGCCACUUCCCGCUCAUGCACUACUUCAUGGAGACGGAGUACGCGUCGCUGGUCGAGGAGCGCCCGCAUGUCAAGGCGUGGUGGGAGGAGCUCAAGGCCAGGCCGGCGGCGAGGACGGUCACGGAGUUCAUGUCGCCGGACUUUGGGAUGGUGAAGAAAGCAGAGCAGUGAUUGCAACGCUGGCGUUUAUUAUGUUGUGUACACCUAUGGCGCGAUGUCUUUAGAAUUUAGAUUGUUUAUUAUGGGGCGUGUUACGCGUGGCCGACGAAAGAUCCGUCGCUUGAAUAAUCUUGCGGCCAUGCUUCGUCGUUUACUUUUGCAACAAAAAUCUUGUUAUGAAACCUUUUGUAAUAGAAAUUGUGUGGUAGAAAUAUUUGUAA